CACAGCCAAACUGGUAAAAAAAAAAAUUAAAAAGAGGCACCUCUCGACUCUGACAUCAUUUCUCCAAAUCUCAAGAGCGUGAAGUUGUUUAGUAACGGUCGUGUCACUAAGCCAAGGAUGUGGGCUUUUAUUCAUUAGUCUGCAAAAUUGAAUUCCAGUACAUAUAUCGCUCAUUGAGAAAACUGUGGCAUAGCAUACACUUUAUUUGAUAUUUAAGUUAUUUAUUUAUAAUUUAUUGAUAUCUGGAGGAAUGUAUGUACGAAGAACAAUACGCUGUCUGUCCUCCAUCAUUCUGUUUAUUGUUUGUUUGGAUUAUACCGAUGUGGCCAUUGCAGCCUGUAUCCCCGGAGAUGACUGUCCCACGACAUGCCCAGACAAUUGCCAGGAGGGAUGCACGCGGACGGAGAGGUGUUUAGGGGGGUGUCGUCCAGGCUGGAGGGGUCCAAGAUGUGACGAGCGUUGUGACCCUUUCACAUAUGGUCCUAACUGCAGAAUGCACUGCGGACACUGUCUAGACGACGACCCUUGUGAUAUGAAGACGGGUAUUUGUCAGAAUGGCUGUUUACCUGGUUUCAAGGGAGACCUCUGCAAAGACUCAUGCCAACCGUUCACCUAUGGCUUCAAUUGUUCCGGAAAAUGCGGGAAAUGCCAGUCUGGUAAAGCGUGUAAUGCCAUGACGGGGAAAUGCAGCGGGGGUUGUGAGACGGGAUACAGUGGAGACCGGUGUGACCAAGAAUGCCCUCCUCAGUCCUAUGGAAUUGCAUGUUCUAUGUCCUGCGGUGAAUGCAGAAAUGGUUCAACCUGUGACUCUGUCUCGGGUCAUUGCUUAUCAGGAUGUGAGCCUGGCUGGAUUGGAGAAAAAUGUGACCAACGAUGUCCGCUUGGUUUUUUCGGUGACAUUUGUCAGAGAAUUUGUGGGAAGUGUCAAAAUAGUGCAUGUGACCACGUGACCGGACAUUGCUCGACAGGAUGCAAGCCGGGAUGGACUGGGUCAAUUUGUACUGAGAAAUGCGCCAACAAUACUUAUGGUCCAAACUGUAGCCUUACGUGUGGACACUGCCAUGCUGGUGAGAGCUGUGAUCCAAGCCGUGGUGGUAUGUGUACUAAAGGAUGCGCCAGUGGCUGGAGAGGACCUCGAUGUGAUGAAGCAUGUCCCAAAGGGUUUUAUGGUCUCGCUUGCAGUUACAAGUGUGGUCACUGUAUAAAAGGGAAAGCUUGUGAACCACACAAUGGGACCUGUAUCGGGGGAUGCAUGGACGGCUUCAGCGGGUCUUUGUGUACAGAUUCUGACGGCGUCAAUAAUCCCUUAACACAGAGUCUUUUGAUGUCCGUCUUGGUGUCUGUCAUCGUUGUUCUGCUGUUGCUAUUCACUGCUACAGUGAUGUACUUUGUGUGUGUACGCUACAAGCACGGACUCUUCAGUCGUUUUUACAGAUUAUCGACGAGAAGUUUACAAAGCCCAGAGCUCCACCUAUACGAACAGGUCGUGUCUGGUCCCUUUGAGCUGAACAAAUAUAAUCUUAUCAUUACCAAUGAAAAGCUCGGACAUGGACAAUUUGGAAUGGUAAAAAAGGGCUACGUAAAGCAGGACAGGGACCAUAAGAUACCAGUGGCUGUGAAAUCACUCAAAGAAUCGUCAUCGGAAAGAGAUAAGAAUGAUUUUAUGAAUGAAUUGAACAUUCUGAAGAAAGUUGGUCAAAAUCAAAACGUGGUGUGUCUGGUGGGAGCUUGUCAUAUACAAGGAACCAUGUAUGUUGCGAUGGAAUUCUGUGUAAAUGGCGAUUUACGAUCCUACCUGAGAAAAAUGAAAAGAUGCAAGAAUAAUUUGUACGCUAACGCUAAGACCAUCUCCCCCAUACAGAAAUCGGUGUUGUUAAAAUUCGCGCUAGAUGUCGCCUCUGGUCUGUCUCAUCUGGCAGACAGACAGAUUAUUCACAGAGAUGUUGCCGCUCGCAACGUUCUCUUGGACGAGCACUUGGUUGCCAAAGUUGCAGAUUUCGGACUGUCUAAAAAUGACGACACUUACGUCAAAACUUCAAAUACACGAGUUCCGGUAAAAUGGUUGGCGCCGGAAUCCUUGUUUAAUGCAACAUACACUUCACAGAGCGACGUAUGGUCUUUUGGUGUGCUGCUGUGGGAAGUUUGCACUCUAGGUGGCACUCCAUACCACGGCAUAGAUACUGCCCAAAUGUGUCAUCUACUGAAGCAAGGGUUCCGCAUGCGCAGACCGAGAACUUGUGAACCAGCCUUGUACGCGAUGAUGUUGCAGUGUUGGAACGAAAAUCCAGAUGCCCGGCCGUAUUUUGGUGACAUUGUACUGCGGUUACAGCGCAUGCUCGAGGACAGCCAGGUUUAUAUGAAUCUGGAUGUAAAUGAGGGGAAUCAUUAUGCUGAAAUCAAGUGAUACUAGAUUCCUCCAAAUCGAUCACUAUAGUCGACUCCCUACAUCUCGUAUAUCUCACGAGUAACGGCGCCAUAUACACGAGUUGAGCUGAGUGUUCAGGCAUCAGAAGGCGUCUCGUAGUGAACCAAGGAUAACAUACAUGUAGCUUGGAUUGGAUGAUCAUAGCUAAAUACUGCAUGACUGAAGUUCAUUCAAGAGAAUGACUUAGUAUAUUAAAAUAUUAUUCUUUCUCUCCGUAAGCAAAAUUGCGCAAAAGUCAGAGACCGAACACUGUGUGAGGUGAAUGACGAGUCCAGUUAUUGAGUGGUGUUUGAUUGGUCGAUACUUGUAAGAGGUGAAUGAUGAGUCCAGUUAUUGAGUGGUGUUUGAUUGGUCGAUACCUGUGUGAGGUGAAUGAUGAGUCCAGUUAUUGAUUGGUGUUUGAUUGGUUGAUACUUGUAUGAGGUGAAUGAUGAGUCCAGUCAUUGAGUGGUGUUUGAUUGGUUGAUACGUGUGUGAGGUGAAUGAUGAAUCCAGUUAUUGAGUGGUGUUUGAUUGGUUGAUACGUGUGUGAGGUGAGUGAUGAAUCCAGUUAUUGAGUGGUGUUUGAUUGGCAAUACGUGCUAAACGCACGUUUGAAAGAAUAUGUAAAUAUAUUCAAGAGUUUACAAUGCAAAUGUGAUAAUAUCAAUGUUAUCACCCCUAGUGCCGGUCACUUUCGGGAGAUAUAGUUUAAAUUAAUAUUAUUUUAUACAUUAGAAACACAUGAAAUUGUAAUAAACUGUUAUAUAACCCUAUUCCCAAUACACUUAUAAAUUUCGGGAUCUUUCAUUAUCACCGUGUUAUUUUGAAACGAAUGUGGGAGUAAUGGUGUAUAUUCACAGAACGUGUGAUAAAUCGAAUUAUUUUAGAAAUUGGGAGUUUCAAGAUAUUUUUUUUUUUACUUGGCACGUUGUUGGCAAUUUCCAAAUUUAUUUAUAAUGGAAAGUAGUAUAAAAUGUUUGAAAUGUAAGAUUGUAACUGUAUUUAUUUAUUUAUAAUUAAAGUGCAAUAAAUUAUCCUUAUUAAACAGAG